CUACACCUACUGAGAUGUAGACAGUGGCGUAUAGGCUAUACUGCCGGCAGCAGGUGGAUAACUACUUAUCAUUCUAUCAGCUGUGCCUUCUUUGAUUGGGGAAAUAAAAAUCCAAAUUGGGUUAUCAAUGCAAACAGGAUGUUGUCGUGCUGCUGUUCCAAUUCGACGUGUUCCUGGGAACAGAUACGAUCCCGGAGUCGUAGUGAAACAGCCAACGGCGACGUGAAUCAUUUGGUCGAGGAAGCAGACCAAAGCGAAAUUGUGGCGGACCUAACCAGGAUGGAUAUUGCACUUUUGACGGAACAGUACAACUUGACUAAAGAGAAACAAAAGCGCCAGACCCUGGUGGUUUUAUUCAGACAAGUAUCAACUGAUGAUGCAGCAGAAAUCAGUGGGCAAGCCCUGGUCAAUGUAGUCCCCGUCAACCAGGAGAUGAAGAGCAAACACGAGAGGAAGAGGUCGGUCUCAGAGUCUGAGAAUGACUUUGUUGGGGACCUGGAGAGAGCCCCAUGGCGCAAACCCUUGGGUAUCCACCGACAAGCCAACGUCAUUAUAACACCACAUACAAACCCCACAAUCACGGGCAGUAAUUCAAGUUUUACUUUCCUGUCUGAAGACUUUCCUGAGACGUCCAGUGAGAAGGUCUUGGGGGAUUCUAUUUCUAUCCAUCCUGUAGAGUUGAGUACCAGUAACAGCAGUUCAGGCUCCAGGAAGUUCUCAGCCCCAGCCAUUUUGUCCAGACAACUGAGUUUUGGGGGGCAGCGGCCGCCUCUUCUCUCCUCUUGCCACCAUCACCACUACCCCUUCCCCCAAAGAAAAGGGCCCAAGAAGUCAGAAGCUGCUAGGAGACUUGGGAUGUACUCAUCAUUCUGAUCAGUUUAUAGGAGAGGGAAAGAGUCCGUUACAGUCUAUAGUGCAAUAGAGAAUGUUUUCUAUGUUUCUGCAGAAUUAAACCAAUCUUGUUGUUGCUAUAAAGGACAUUUGGUAUGUAGCCAUGCAAAUAAUAUCAUGUAAGAUGCUGUGCCUUGCCCUAUAUAGGAUCAUAUGUUAAUGUUCGGGUUUCAUCACAGCUGAGACGGGGAUCCAUCUCCACCAAUUGAGUGAAAUACUCCUCAAUGUCUUGAAACAUUAUUUUUCCCAAGGAGCAAACGAUUAGGCCUACAGACAAUGGUCUGUUUUGUUUUGUUUUUAAUUACAGCAUUCAUCCCAAGAAAAUAUUCAAGAGACCAUUUACAGACCAUUAUUAGGGUAAUAACAGGUGGAAUAAAAUAUAACUAAACAUUUAAAUGUUUUAGUUACAUUAACCCAAUGAGUUACACCAUAACGCAGGCAUUAUUUUAUUACUACAAACCCCUUUUAAACAGUGUGUGUUUGAGCUACAUGGGUUGUUCCAUUGGAUUUGUCUAUUUAUUCUGUAUCUGUACAUACCAACCAUUAGUCUGUGUGAUUAACGGGGGCUGAGAGUGGUGUUUGUGAGACAAGGGCGGAUCCUGAAGGGGCCCGGGUCUUUUUUUACAAAAAUUUCUGUAAAGUCUGUAUGGUUUGAACUACACACUUUAAGCCAUUAUGAAAAACUGAGACUCACGAACAUGCACAUGUUUUGCUCAAGAGUCAUUAGAAGGUAAAGGGGUUCUUCUACAUAGAAAAUCAAAGGAAAUCCCAUGACAUAGUGUCUAUAAUACUGUAAUAAGCUCACAGUUUCUGUCCCAAACACCACACAGUUGUCACUGACUAGUUGGAUAUUCAUUUCCCAGUGAGGAAACAAUUUCUAUAGUUACAACAUUUACAUAAAUUAAUUUAGUCAGGUUUUUGCUUUGGCUGAGCUUCUUUUUUGUUGUUGUUGACAUUUGUCAAUUAAACUCAUGAAUACAA